AUGGGUGAUUCUAGUGACCGUAUUGACGUCAAACUCGAUGGUUCAAACUAUUCUCUUUGGAAAUCAUCGGCAAUGGCAGCACUUGUUUACCGCGACUUGUUUGAGCAUGUUGAGGGACUUUGUCCUUGUCCUGGUGCUCUUAAAAGUGAAUCAUCUGAUGAAGUUACGAAACGUGCCGCUGAAAUUCGAGCAUGGAAUGUUGCUGAUCGGAAGGCAUGGGCUAUCAUUUUUGGUUCCAUUGAUCCUGCUCUUCGCCCACAAUUUUCUAAUGUUGUUGAGGCGAAAAGUUUAUGGGAUCAGCUUGCCGAGAUGUUCACCCAGACAGGGGACAUUCGAGUUUAUCAGUUGGAGCAAGAAGUUUACAGUGCUACGCAAGGGUCUCGCUCUAUUCGAGAUUUCUACAAUUACAUGCACUCACUUUGGAGUCAAUUGGAUAUUCUUGCUCCUAUUCUCUACCCAUCAUGCCUGAACUGUACUCGGUGUCCAUCUACUCGACUUCAGACUCAAGAUAGGCACCGUCUACAUUCUUUUCUUAUGAAGCUCGGCUCUCCCUAUGAAGGUGUUCGCAGCCAACUUCUUCACCGCUCUCCAAGACCAUCCCUCCUUGACGCUAUCAAAGAAUUACAGUCUGAGGAAACUCGUCUUGGUCUUCUUUCCUCCUCGGCAGUUUCUGAUUCAACUGCUAUUUUGUCUGCUCCACCACGUGUUCCGCCUACAGUUUUGGCUGCUCCACCACGUCCUUCGCCUACUCGUGGUCCUCGCCGCCUUUCAUGUACGUAUUGUCAUCGUCCUGGUCAUGACGAGUCACAUUGUUGGAAGAAGAGGAAUGCUUCACGCCUUUCUGCAUCACCACGAGUCACUACCGCAUCUCCAAUCUCUCAACCUAUUACUCUGGUUUCUCCCUCUACGAAUGACCGUAUUGCUGCUCUUGAGGCCCAACUUGCCCGUUUGAGUCCUUCUCUGCCCAGGUCUUUUCCCGAUUCUGGUACUUCUACAACUCUCUCAUCUGCUGGAAGCACCGCUGCAGCUACUCCACCUUCAGGAUCGUUUGAGUGGCAAGAUGAUUGGCAGGGGCAGUAGACGGGAUGGACUUUAUAUUAUGCAACAUCUCCAUCUUCCAACUUCCUCUCUUCCUCAUCUUGUGUUGGCUACCCUCGAUCUUGUUCGGUGGCAUCAGCGUCUUGGACAUAUUCGGUCUUCUCGUCUCACCGUCCUUCACCAAC